UCUUCUUCAUUCCUCACAAUCAAAUCUCACAUUCACAUUAACCAUCUGAUUUCGUUAUGGCUCGUACCAAGCAAACCGCCAGGAAAUCAACCGGAGGCAAAGCCCCGAGGAAGCAGCUCGCGACCAAAGCGGCGAGGAAAUCAGCUCCGGCCACCGGAGGAGUGAAGAAGCCGCACAGGUUCCGUCCCGGAACGGUGGCGUUGAGGGAGAUCCGGAAGUACCAGAAGAGCACCGAGCUUCUCAUCCGCAAGCUCCCCUUCCAGCGUCUGGUCCGCGAGAUCGCUCAGGAUUUCAAGACGGAUCUGAGGUUCCAGAGCAGCGCUGUGGCUGCUUUACAAGAGGCUGCAGAGGCUUACCUCGUUGGGUUGUUUGAAGACACGAAUCUCUGCGCGAUUCACGCUAAGAGGGUUACGAUCAUGCCGAAGGAUAUCCAGCUCGCGAGGAGAAUCCGUGGCGAAAGAGCUUGAUUGGUUCUUCAAUGAGCAAUCUACUUGGUUUGAUUAGGUGUAGUUGCUUUGUUAAGUUAGUACUUAAGGUGUUCGACGAAAUAUCCCAACGAAAGUUUCUCUUGUUUAAUAUAAGUAAUAUUUUCCCAAUGA